AUGGCAUCUACCUCAGGACUCAAAGCUCAAGGGAUCGGUGAACCAUCUUGUGAAACUCCUGUAGUGGCUUUCACAGAGGGAAACAAGGAUCACCAAGAUGAUAUGCUUGCUUCCGAGGAAGGCUUCACUCCCUAUGUAAUUGACGUUUAUGAGGGUCAGGAUGUAAUGAGCAAGAUUAUUGAUUUUUGCAAACAAGUGCCAGAUCAAAUAGUUUGCGUUAUGUCUGCAUUUGGCACUUUGUCAGAGAUAACAUUCAAGAUCCCUUUCGUUGAUAAGAUUACAUACGAGGGUCAAUUUGAUAUACUACGUUUAUCUGGAUCAUUUGAACCCGUUAAUCUUGGUGAAUUUGGGAGAAAAGGUGGGUUGAGCAUAAUUUUUUCUCGUAAAGAUGGAAAAGUCGAAGGGGGACGGGUCAUUGGGCAGCUCAAAGUUGCUAAUUUUGCAAGGAUCAAUGUGGGUAUUUUCAAGAAGCAUAAGCGUGGAGAGAAAGAAGAGCCCGUCUUUGUGGAAGAAGAAAUUGAAUUUCAUGCAUAG